GGACCAACCGGGACACCGGACGAAAUAAUUAGCCCGUCAAAGGCGCUUGCCGGCGUCUGAUCAUCCUAACUCGAAAGGUAGAGAUCAGGGUUUUGGCGGCGCAGAAGCGAAAUCAUGAACGCCCCCGAUCGAUACGAGCGAUUCGUUGUACCCGAGGGCACGAAGAAGGUCGCGUAUGAGAGAGAUACCAAGAUUGUCAAUGCCGCCUCUUUUACGAUCGAGCGUGAAGAUCAUACCAUUGGAAACAUUCUGCGGAUGCAGCUGCAUAGGGAUCCAAAUGUUCUGUUUGCUGGAUAUAAGCUUCCGCACCCCCUACAGUACAAGAUCAUAAUAAGGAUCCACACUGCCAGCCAGUCUUCUCCAACGCAGGCAUAUACUCAAUCUAUUGAUGAUCUUGACAGGGAGCUCGAUCACCUGAAGAAAUCCUUUGAGGAGGAGAAAAGAAUGUAUGAAGAGAAGUUCAGGCAGGGUUACUAAGGGCUUUGGGCGCCCCAGUAGAGAGUUGGUGCUGUCUUUUGCUGCUGGCCUGGUUGAACAAAAAAGCAGUUUUAACGUCAUGAUGUUGUAAGUCCGUAAUUUUAACUCAUCAACCGUAUGAAUUACUGAUCAUCAAUCCUUAAUUCUAGCUGCCCAAGAAAUUAAAAAUGUAUGCUUCCAGCACUGCUGUUCGUUUGGAAUGUAAUUUGAUUGAAGUCCUUUAAAA